GUCACCACAAAUGCUAUCCACACAGCACCGUCUCUCCUGCUCUGGUGUAGGCAGGGUGCUCGAGCCGCCCCGCUCAGACGUGAUGUUUCAGCUGUAAAGCAAAUUGUCAACAAACCAACAAGAGUGCUCGAGACUCUGCGAGCAAAUGUGACCCCAUUACCCGACACUCCCCUCUAGAAGGGUCUCAACACAGACAUUUUUUUUGUUUGUGCGCCUUUCAAAAGCAGGAGAAGGACGACCCCCUUAUGUGACCAUCUCACCAUCAUCAUUAUCAUCAACAUGCAGUCACGGAUCUGCAGAGGCAGCUGAUCUGACCGGGAGUGAAGUAACAGGCUGCUGCGCUGGACAAACCAGGAGAAACUUUCCUUCCUGACUUCUGCACGGUGAACUGUGGCCGCUGUGGGGUUUUUUUUCAGCGCCUCCUCUCACUUUAUUUCUAUGUGGGUGAGCAGUGUGUGAGUGGCACCUCCCCGCUCCUCCGUAGAUCUUGUUGCCCCCCUUGCAGCCCGCACCAUGCAUUCCUCCUGCACCUCGUAUAGUUAGAGAAAAGAUAUCGAGGUCUCUUUCUCGCUCUCACCCCCCCCUAGGCCCGGCUAACUCUUGCUUCGGUUUUGGACUCCGGACCGUGCGUCAUGCAGCAACACCUGAAGCUCACCACGGUCCCUUUGCAGGACCACAUGGUUCCUUUGUAACUGGAUCUACUUUAUUUUGGAGGGAGAGGGGGGCAUGCUCUCCUCGUCUCUGGAGAACAUUUUCAAAGAGGUGAAGAAAGUAGAAAGACGGGACUGAGUGGCAGUGACGUAAGGAGGGAGAGAUAAAGCUAAUCUUAUAGAUUGUAACUUACUUGUAGAUGUUUGACCAGGCCACGACUAUGGGCGAUGGGAACCACCGCUGUGGUCCCAACCCACUGUGUCCGGACAGGAUGGAAACAAAGUGUCGCUCCGAGAUAGGGAACCGGUCUCCGGUUCAGAGCUCCACCGACACCCCGGGAACAUCAGCAUCCACGCCGACUUCCUCCAGCGAAGAAGGGCAUGACAAACUUUUGGGAGUGGACCCUGACUACUGCCGGAGAAUUUUAGUAAGAGACGCCAAAGGCACCAUCCGAGAGAUCGUCCUGCCCAAGGGCCUCGACUUGGAUCGGCCCAAACGCACGCGGACCUCCUUCACGGCCGAACAGCUGUACCGGCUCGAGCUCGAGUUCCAGCGGUGCCAGUACGUAGUGGGGCGCGAGCGCACGGAGCUCGCGAGACAGCUGAAUCUGUCGGAAACGCAGGUGAAGGUGUGGUUCCAAAACCGCCGAACCAAACAGAAGAAGGACACCACCAAGGAUUCAGACAAGCGCUCCUCCUCCACGUCUGAGUCUUUGGCCACCUGCAACAUCCUGCGCCUCCUAGAGCAGGGGCGCCUCCUGUCAGGCCCUGCCCCCCCACCACCUAACUCUCUCCUGGGGCCUCCGUCUCAUCCAGCAAAUGGCUCCCUGCUGAGCAGCCCGGGUGGAGGCUCUUCCACCUCUCCAGGGAUCAGCAGCAGCACUCCUCCCAGCUCCCUACCAGGAGGGACGUUCGGGCUUUCUCUGCCCUCGCUGGGGGGCACCCCGCCCUCCCCGCGGCUGGGUGUCCCGCCACCUCACCCCCUCUGCUUCUCCAUGCCGCUCCUGGGGAGCGCUCACCACGAACUGUCGUCCUCCUACGGCUGCGGCUCUUCAGCAUUUGAGCCGUACAUGCGGCUGGACAGGAAGGAGGCAGACCUGGGUGGGAAGAAGACAGUUUCUUAAGUGUAAUGUCCCUCUUUCAGGGGACGACUGGGGGAGCAGGGCUCGUCUUUGGAAGAGUUUUUCUCCUCAGUCUCUCUCCCUGCCACCUGUUUGACUCUUGAGUGGCUGCAGUGAGGCAAAUAAAGCAGCCCGGUUCAUAGAAGUGCGAAAAAAAGAAAAGAAAAGAGAGGAAGUCGCUUUCUUACAGCACCAUUUUGUGCCACUGCACUGUUUGGCACACUGACACAAAAUGGUGAAAAGGACUUGAUGUGGUAGGAAGUGAUGAUUUCACCCUCCCACAUAAAAAAAACAAACUUGUGGAUUUUUGAAAAAAAAAAAAAAAAAUGCCAUGUGUGUAUGUUGCGUGAACUCCGACAGGCAGAUGUUUUUAUCACCACUCUCUUUGCAGUGGUUUUAAGCGACUCUUCACUUUUUGUCCAGUGUGUGUGUGUGUGUGUGUGUGUGUGUGUGUGUGUGAUUUUUCUCUCUAUACAGGCCUUCAUUUACUGUUCAGGAUUAAAAAAAGAAAAACAAAACAAAAAAUGAGAAGAGCGGUAUUUCAAAGAGAGCUUUAUGUACACAUUUCUAUUCCUGUACACGUGGCCAUGUUUGAUUUUAGUUGAUGUGUUUUCACGAUAAUAAUAAGAAUAAGAAGAAAAAAAAGAACUGUAGCAUUUUAAUAUCAGUCUGUUUGGUGUCCAGCUGUAGUUUUUGUAAAAGUUUCUUUGGUUGUGUUUGUGUAUGAAACAUAAUGUGGUAGGAUCUGGACAAAUGGUGCAAAAAUCACAUAUCUAGAUCUAACAGUUUAACAUGAAAAGAAAGCUGAAAAGAAGGCUGGUUAGUGUCUGCCAAAGCGUUUACAGAUAAAGCCUCGAGAAGCACCUCACGUGCGUUCUCUGGCCGGUGAAGCAAGUGGAGGUCGGGCUGAGAGAGAUGACCUUUGAACCCGGGCCAGCGGUAUCAGUUUGACCUUUGUAAUCUUGUCUUCAAGACGCUGAGACCGAGAAAGUUUUCAGAGGCAUAAAGAAUAAGCACCGACUCUCAGCGCAGAGAUCUCUGCGCUUAAGCUGCAGCUCCAUCGUUAAGUCAUCACACAUUAAAAUGAAUCAACAGUUCUGAUAAUAACUUGUUUAUCAUCGCUUUUCAAGCAAAAGAAAACAAACAAACAACAAAACAAACCUGUAACUUUUUCUGGUUUCAGCUUUUCAAACGAGAUGAUUUGUGAUGGUACAGCGACCGCAGCGCUAACCUUUCACAUACUAAAAGAAGAACUGAGAAAACAUUUGUCAGAUUAACUGAUGAUGAAAAACGUUAGCUGCAGCUGCAGUUUGGAUUAAAAAAACUGAUGAAUAUGCAGAUUUUUGGUACCGGAAACUUUCUGGUUUUUGCUCGAGGUCUGCUUUGGUCGCACCGAGGUAAACGGUCCAUUUAGAGGAUAAAAGAAGGUCUUUGUUUGCAGAAUCAUUGGCUAUGUAGUGAUGAUCCCUUAGUUUUUAUUAGCUUCUUUUAAUUUAUCGGCUAUGAUGAAUGGAUGAAAGAGGAUAUCUGCUUGAACACCCCAAACACCUGGCCGUUGCUCUGAGAGGUUCCUACUGCUGGAUUUCCUGACAGCUGUAGGAUUUGCUGUUUCAUAACCCAUAGUGUAAUUUUUCUAUUUUUUCAGGUUUGUUUAUUUAAUUAUUAUUUUUGAAAUGUUACAACAACAUGAAAGCUACCUAAGUACUGUUUUACCGGGUCAUCACAUCCCUAAUCUUAAUCUCUUUGAACAUUUUCAGGAUACAGUAAGCCGCAGCGUUACAUGAGAAAAUCUCAGGCUGUUGAUUUUCCUUCAGCCGCCCUGUUUUGCCCUCCUGUUACACUUUACCUCAGCCUGUCUGCGUUCACCACUCAUUGAAAGCACUUUAUGUUUUUAUGGCGUUUCUACAUCAUCCUGUAUUUCCUCCACUUUCACCCCCUCACCCUUCCUGAGAAGUUUAUUUUCUUAGGAAGGUGAUUUUCAGAAUUAAAGCCAGGAAAAAUACAUCCUAAGUUAUUUCCCCUCCUGAAAUAAUCUGCAGCUUUCUUUCAGCUGCAUUCUUUAAUUGAUUGAUUUGAAGCUAAAUUGAUCUCUGUGUGUUAGAACCGACAGAGCAUUUGUCUGAUUCAUUCAGGGCUGAAUGAGAAGGAAGGAAGUGGCUGAAUGACCUGUAUUUUUCAUUUUUCUCUUCCCCAUGAGAUGCCAUUUGUCCAGGUUUCCUUGUUGUCCAAAGCAAAUCAGAAUCAACCGCGAGAGCCUGCUAUUCGAAACAGUUUGCCCUCAAUUUGUGCGUGUCAGAUGAGUUAUUGCCCCCUUUUCACUCCCGUCUCUCGUCUGUUUUCCCAUGUAUCUAUUCAUUUCUAAAUUUCACCUCACUGUGAGUUUUAUUUCCUGCUCUCUUUCUCUUACACUCACUGAAGAUGGCCUGACAUGUGCUAAAAAAAAGAAAAAGGACACUGCCAUGACAUCAAUUUAAAAAAAAGAAGAAAAAGAGUGCCUGUAAGUAAAGGCCGGGGCUACGUUUAAAACAGCCGGGCACGUUUCUGGCUGCACAUACAUUUCUUUCUGAGUGCAGGAAAGAUUCUGACCUUCAGCUCACCGGGCCUUUUUGCACCCGUGUACCAGCAGCCAGUAGCUGGUGAUUUGUUGUUGCUCCUGUGUUUAGAGCCCAGCAGCGAUGCAAUAAAAAAAAAAAAAGAGAAAAAAAUCCCCCUGUUAUCUACUCGUAGGUUUCUGUAGCAGUGCACCUGUGAUGUUGUUGAACACUGUAUUAUUUUCUAUAAGCACCAUCCAUAAUUCACAUGCUCUGGCAUCAAAUAUUGAGCAGAGAGAUGGAGCUGAGAGGUCAGGAGGCUUGCUUCUCGUGUAGGGCCAAUGUAGUCUUUUCGUUUAUUUGUCUUUUUCUCACAGCCAGGUUGUUUCAUUCCUCUGCUGUCUCUCUCUCUUGGUUUUUUUUUUUUUUUUGCUGGAUAUUAAAAAAAAGUGUUUCUACUGUUUUGCAUUAAGCUGCACAAGACAGAAGACACUGAACUUCUUAGCUCAUUUCCCAUCCAAUGUGAGAUGACAGAAAAUGUUCAGUGGUUGCAAAAGAAAUCUCAAACUCCAUAUUUUCCCUCAACUUUCAGCCACUGAAUGCUUUCUGGACUUACUGUAAUGCGUCCUCAGCUCAUUAGAUGCAGGCUUCAGGUUGAGGGGGGACAGCAGGAUAAGUGAGACGGCCCUUCUUCUCCCUGACAGAAGGAAAUGGGGUAAAGCUUUGCAUCAGUUCAACAAAGCCUUCGUCUUAGUUUCUUUUUCUCGUUCCAGCUGAAGCGUGGAAGUGUUGCUUUUGUUGCGUGUGUGACAUCUUGCACUUGUUUAAGCGAGACCACCAUUUCAGGAACAUUGCGGGCCUCCUCGCGGCUCUCGUCCUUUGAGAUUGUGAGAAAAAUGUUCCGUUUAUUUUGAAGACAACAAACUGAUUCUGCUUGGUUUACUCUUUGGUUUAUGCACAGCCUAGGUCCUGCAGAGGCCCUAACUUCUUUUCUUUGAGCAGUACUUUAAUGUCAAGCUAAUGGCACCAGCUACUUCUUAUGAUGAACAAACUGUAUGUACAUAGAUAUAAAUUUAUAUAUAAAUAUAUAUAAAUGGGUCUUUGCACAAGUUAUCUCCAUGUCUGCUCCGUGUGAUUUUAACAGGAAAAACAAAAUGUGAAAGAAAGUUUGGAAAAAAAAGACUUUAUAUAUGCUUUACAAUUCUUUGUCUCAUUAACAUUUUGCACUUAUUUAAAGAGGCUUACUUUCUGUUUCUGGGCUGACAGAGCAGUUUUCACGCUCUGCCAAGAUAUUGUACAAUAUGUAUAUGUAUUUUUAUUCAUAUGCAUAUAAAUAUAUGUCUAUGUAAUUUGCCUCCUGUGUUCUGUUUUAUUUCUCAUUCUCUGGCCUGCCUCAGGGCCAAAAAUGCAACUUUAAAGAGUGAAUAUAAAGAAAAUAAUAAUUAAUAAAUGCCCCCCCCCCUCAAAAAAAAAAAGUUAUUUCACAGUUUGUUGUGAGUGAUAGUAUUUGUAAUCCACAGUCCUUGCAGAGGCUUAUUUCGUUUGUCUUUGUCAGUGAACAAACAUGACCAACAUCUGCGUGCUUGAGCUUCCUCCAUCCACUCCGAGCAUUUUGAAAGUGCCUUAGCUUGCUUACAGCUUUAUUAAAAACCUUGGCCUCUCCCUAUCCGCUUGGCAAAUCAAAGCAGUGGACGGCUCAUUUCUUCUUUUUUUCCAGGCCUUUCUGUGGAGGUGCUGCCUUUUAAAUUCCUCACACUUUAAUU